AUGUCCUCCCUGCUUGCCGACCUCGGAUUGGAAGGGAAGCGCUUUCAUCAUAAAGCUCACAUAAAGCCAUGGCUUCUGCUCCAACUUCGCCCCCGAGGGAUUAACAUCGUCAUCGAGCGAAGCGAUACUAAUAAAAUCAUUUUCAAAUGCCGCCUGGGCAUCACUGCAACUCACCGCUUCCCGUGUCCUUUCAGAAUUCGAGCAAAUUUUCUGAUCAAGUUGAAGGUUUGGCUGUUGGUGGUGAUUAAUGAAAACCAUAAUCAUCGUCUUCAGACACUCGAAUCCCAUGAUUCUUCACAGUCACAAGCUGCUCUGCCUCUGCUGUUGCCCGCAAGCGGUGCCUCAUUGUUACCCCUGUAUGCUACUUAUCCAUCCCUCCCGCUGCUUGUACCCCUGCUGAAUUCGAUAUCAUCCCUGCAGCUUCCACAUCCUUCAGGACCCCCACUUCAUCCCCAUGGGUCAGCGGCAACACCCACCGCUUCGGCGGCAGCGGCUAUAACCCUGACGUUGACAUCGUCUGCUUCCGCAAUUCAAAACAACCACAUUCCAUCUACAACUCUCCCAGCGUUGCCGCUUAAUUCACAACCACAGCCUCUCUUACUAAACCAAGCGCCUCAGCUUCCGAAGCUCAGCAAAAUCGUGGGACCGGCCAAUCGAAUUAUUGAUGUGGUAACACUGACCAUAGCCGAAGCAUUUGAUACAAAAGUCUUGGGGAGUGAGGUUCUUACACAUCAAGAGAAAUGUGCUGUUCUUGAGCAAGUUAUGCAUCACGCGGUUUCUCUGUACCGCCGCUAUCUUAGCCCUCAAUUUUAUCGCAGAUUACCGCUUAGCCCCGUUGAGGGUCUUGAAAGAGAAAAACAGAAGGUUCCGCCACUGUUAGCGCUGUUGAUGGCAUCCGGUGAUGGACCUUCAGCUAAUGCUGUCAACCGUGAAGAUGACUCUACUCAAGCUCAAUGGCUGGCGCUGAUCCCUCUUCUGCCGUUGCUUAAUGAUACUGAUCCAGAAUACCCACAAAAUCUGUCAGUGUCCAUUGAAAACCUCAUCCAUAUGCCUGGUGCUUCCGGAAAUACUCAAUCACUGGUGCUUCCCCCAUUCACAACCAUUCAAAAUAAGUUUACCUUGCUGCCAACUCAACCGUUACCCCAAUCAGGUGCAACAAUUAAUCCUCUGCAUAUGCUUAAGCCUUCUACAGGCGAUUUGAAGGGACCGGUUCCCAAAGAUAGAUUUGAUUUUACUCAAUUUUAA